CGGCUGCGCCGCCCCCGCCUGCACACACGCCCACUCCCGCGCCACAAGCGGCCAGCGCGCCGCCCGCCAAGCCCGAUACAAGAACUCAUGUCGCUGUCGAGAUUCUGGAGACGGAACGAUCUUACGUGGAGUCACUGCACAUUCUAGUCUUCAAAUACCUGAAGCAGCUGAAGAGUCCGGAAAAUGCUGGUCUGGUCGAUUCUGCGCUGGUGGACGAGAUAUUUUAUCAGGUUCCAUCUAUUCUCUCUCACCAUGAGGUGUUUUUAGCUGAGCUUCAGAAGAAGCUAGAUGAUUGGGACCAGCAGCAAACAAUUGGAGAUAUUUUUGUAGAGGCAUUUACAAAACAACAUGUAAUUGAUAUGUACAUAUCAUUCAUAAACAACUGGAAGUCAGCUAAAGAAGCAGUUAAAGCUACAUGCCAGGCAAAACCAGCAUUUGCCAAAUUUCUAGAGGCUAUGGCACGUGAGCAUAAAGGAAAACUUGCUCUGGACUCACUGCUUAUUAUGCCCGUACAAAGGAUACCACGAUAUGAACUGCUUCUUCAAACACUUAUCAAGAACACAGAACAGAGCCAUCCAGACUACAACUUACUUCUGUCAGCACAACGUGAGGUACAUGUCUUGGCUGUGAAAAUCAACUGUACUGAACGAGAAAGUAUGGAAGCAGAACAACAGCAAGCAAUGCUUAGGGAACUGGAAAAUGUUAUUGAAGGCUGCUCCAAUAUAUUCACUCCAGAUAGAGUGUUUCUGCGUUUUGAUUUGGUGUCUGUUACUGGAGAUGCAGCUGGCUCUGGCAAUCCAGAGCGUGGAUUGUUCCUUUUUAAUGAUUUACUCAUUAUUACUACAGUUAAGCGUCGCAGCGGUGCUAUCAGGAAACCUUCAGCCAUCCUCCCAGCAAACCUGAUCCAGCAAUUGGAAGGAAACAAACACAGAAUGGCAAUGAGACUCCUCCUUGAAGAUGUUGAGAUAGUAAAACUUAAAGAUGACAUCUUAAGAGAUUUGGUACGAGAGGUUGAAAAUCUUGCUGAGGAUGCCGUACUUCUGACUCAAAUGGGAGAAAUAGCAGCCCGAUUACACACUGACCAUAAUCUACUUGACGACAUCAUCCGUGAAAUGCUGUGUUAUGUGAACAAGCAAUUGUCUGAACAUAAUGGCAGUGAGUCAAAGCUUUCCCACAUUGAGUUCAUCAUCAGUUCAGAAGGUGCUGCAACUGACUCACUUGUUGUGGUAUUCUCUUCACAAGAUAAGAAAGCAGACUGGGAGGAGGUUUUUAAUGAUGCUAAGCAGAAACUUGUAUUGUCUGCUGAAAGAAGAGGAUCACCAGAGUUUGUUCUACCUCUCCCAAUUCGCAAGACACGGGCUGGCUUGCAGUUCACCUGUGCUGCUCCUACAUUGGGCACAGAUGCUCGAGAUGUUUGGGUAUGCAAUAGUGAUGGGUAUGUUGGCCAAGUGUGUGUCCUAAGCCUCAGCCCAGAACCUACAGUAGUAUCCUGUAAUGGUGUCUGCAACGCACGCAUACUUUGUAUAGCUUCAGUUCCUGCUGUUGACUCAGGUCGUUCUGAUUAUGGAUUUGGACACAGCAACUUUUUCAACAGCAAAUCUGGGAUCAGCAUUUCAGUAGAAGACACUGAUGAGGGGAAUCUUCAUUAUGACAGCAGUUCUUCUAGUGAUGGUGACUAUGAAACAGAGGAGUGUGUUGGGGCAGAUGAAGAACCAAAGAACAAUUCAAUGGAGCCAGUCAGUAUAACAGCAACGCCAAGUGAAGUGAGCAUAGCCACAGUGCCUGCCUCAGAGGAUAGUGACAGCAUGCAGCCCACCAUGUGGCUCGGUACCGAAGACGGCUGCAUCCAUGUCUACAACUGCACUGAUAACAUCAGAAUCAAGAAGAACAAGAUUAAAAUUCAACAUGGCUCAUCAGUACAUUGUAUCAUAUACCUGGACAAUAGAGUUUUUGUGUCCUUAGCAAAUGGAGAUAUCACAGUGUACACUAGAGACUCAAAUGGUGGAUGGAAUACCACUGACCCACUGACAGUUGGUGUUGGGACAGCAGCAAUGCCAGUGACACGAAUGCUGUCCAUUGGAGGAAAGCUUUGGUGUGGUUGUCAUAAUACAAUAAAAAUUCUGAACACUGUUUCACUCAACAUUGAGCAUUCCUUUCAAGUAAACUCUGACAGCAGUCGAUCUGUAACAUGUUUAGCACUGGCAGGAUUUGGUGUUUGGAUUUCCUUACAGAAUUCAGCAGUUGUAAAACUUUUCCAUGCAAUAUCAUAUGAAUGCCUCUGUGAUGUUAAUGUUGCACCUGCAGUAACAAAAAUGCUACAAAGUUGUGAUGACAUUAUCCGGCAACAUAAAGCUGCUUGUCUGAGGGUAACUUCACUGCUUGCAUGUAAAGACAUGCUGUGGAUUGGGACAAGUGCAGGAGUUAUCCUUAAUAUGCGACUCCCACACAUCACUCCUUCUACAACUAAAGUUACCACAGUACCAACAGCAUCAGGAAUGCC